UCAGACUCCAACUCCCAUCAUCCCUCAGUGUCGCAUCAGUGCGCAACAAACGAGAGCGAGGCUGCAGCUGAGGGACAGGACGACCGGUUAUCUGGAGAUCAUUUCUGCUUCCUAACGGAGCGUGUGUCCGGCGCAGAGCUGUCCAAGUGACGGGAGAGGAUCCACGGAAACAUGGCUAAACAGCAGGAGGUGGAGCGCCUCGCUAAGAAGCUGGAUAAAAUGGUGCAGAAGAAAAACACGGAUGGUGCUCUUGACUUGUUGAGGGAACUGAAGAACAUCAAGAUGUCUCUGGAGACCCUGCAGUCAACCAGAGUUGGCAUGUCGGUGAAUGCUGUGAGGAAACAGAGCUCUGAUGAGGAGGUUCAGACUCUGGCCAAAGUCCUUAUCAAGUCCUGGAAGAAACUGCUGGAUGGUUCAGAAGGGAAGUUGGAAGAGAAGAAGAAGGAAGGUUCCCCAAUGAGGUCUUMGUCCUCAUCUAAGGACUCUGGCAGCAGUGAGAAAAGCAGUAAGAAUUCUGGGGACCUUCCCACCACCCCAACCACACCCACCCUACCCCAUCGGGUCACCUCUUUCCCCCCUCCCCCAGUCACCACAGAUAGUGUCCGGAGCAAGAGCAGAGAGCUACUGGUGGCUGCUUUGCAGACCAGUGAUGACCAUAAGACCAUUGGCGUGGACUGUGAGCUGCUUGCAGCACAAAUUGAAGAACAGAUUUUCCAGGAGUUUAAAUCCACAGAUAUAAAAUAUAAAACCCGCCUUCGAAGUAGAGUCUCCAACCUGAAGGACCAGAAGAAUCCAGAUCUGCGCCGUAAUGUCCUGUGUGGAAACAUCAGUCCUCAGCGCAUCUCCUCCAUGACUGCUGAGGAGAUGGCGAGUGCGGAGAUGAAACAGAUGAGAGAGGCUCUUACUAAAGAGUCCAUCAGAGAACACCAGCUGUCAAAGAUGGGAGGGACUGAGACAGACAUGUUCAUCUGCAACAAGUGUCGCGGGAAGAGCUGCACGUACACACAGGUGCAAACUCGAAGUGCUGAUGAACCCAUGACAACUUUUGUUUUGUGUAACAGCUGUGGCAACAGAUGGAAGUUUUGUUGAAGACUCAUGGAUGCAACAUUCAGCCAAGAAGCAAACUUGCAUGAAUGAUUUCCAUUUAGAAAGAUGUUAUUUUUUUAUUUUGUAGAUUUUUUUAUUUAUUACUAACAAAUGUAAUAU